AUGAGUGGAACUGGACGACUGCCGGGACUUAAUCAGGGCGCAGCAAAGCCUGGGCUGAAGUUCAAGCCAAAGGCGCUCGCAAGAAGAUCGAAAGAGGAGAGAGAGAAGGCUAUUCCGAAGCCAGCGACCGAGGAUGUGCUAAACGGUCAUAACUCGCGGAAGAAAUAUAGUAAAAAAGACUUUGGAAAGAAUGGACAGCAGCAGAAACGAGUGCCCAAAUAUUUGCUAAACACGCGGGUCGUGGGUGCUGGGUUUGGCGCCGAGAACUUUGCUGGCGGCGGAUCAGACAUGAGAAGAGGAUUCAUGAAAAGCGAAGGUGGGUCCGCAAGCCAUGAUCUCCUACAGCGUGGGCUGCAACAAGCUAACAGCGGUGAUAAAAGUGCAGAAGAUGCAGACUCUGAUAAUGAGGGCCAGACGAAAUUUAAUAUGGGACGAGAGUAUCGUGCAAACGAAUUGUACGCUUCAGAGGACGAAGUCGACGUAGAAGGUACCGAGCCCGAUGAGGAGGUACUGCGGUCGAAAAGACUAGCUCAUUUCUUUCCUGUCAGAGCUGUUAGAGUUCGUCAUGAAGACAUUGACACAAUGGAAAAGGAACUCAAGGACACCAUGUCUGACCUCAACACGCGAGAACCAACACCUGGCGUUGUUAUGAAGCAAGAAGAAGACAUAUCCAAUGUUAUAGAUGAACGAGAAGCUGAACUUCAAGAAAAGCUCAACGAUUUGCAGCUUCAGAACGAGAGCGCGCUUCUUGACUCCACAGAUGCGGUCGACGAAGCUAGAUGGAUAGCCCAUGAUCACGCUCAUAUACAUAAUAGGCUCCUCAAGAUCAAUAAUAAGCCCGGAAAAUUCAUGUUUUUCCAACUUCCUGCAGUGCUGCCAGAUUUCGAAACACCACCCGAACCAGCCGAAGAGAAGUCCAUGCAUUUGGAUCCUACUGAGUCCACGGAUCCUACUGAGCCCACGGAUCCUACGGAAACUGCUUCUAUGUCGACCGAGGUCAAAUCCACAAGCGAUGUGGAAGCGGAUUCCAAACCGCUCGAAAAAGCUCCUUCCAAGGCUGCCGAAGCUUCCGCUCAAGAAGUGCUUGAUAGACCACUCGCCGGCAACAUCGGUGCACUCAGGAUACAUAAGUCCGGUAAAAUUACUGUGAAGAUAGGAAACGUCGUAAUGGACAUCAAUAGAGGCGCCGAAAACACAUUUCUGCAAGAAGUGGUAGCUCUUGAUGAGCGUGAUGACGAACGGACUGUUGAAUUACUGGGAAGAAUCACUGGUAAAGUGGUGGUAACGCCAAAAUUCUAG